AUGAGAAACCGCACAGCAAUAACAACAUUCAUCCUUCUGGGACUGACAGAUGAUCCUCAGUUGCAGGUUUUACUUUUUAUAUUUCUACUUAUCACCUACAUGUUGAGUAUAACAGGAAAUCUGACCAUCAUCACCCUCACCAUGGUGGAUUCCCACCUGAAAACACCCAUGUAUUUUUUCCUCCAAAAUUUCUCUUUCUUAGAAAUCUCAUUUACAACUGCCUGUGUUCUAAGAUUCUUAUACAGCCUAUCAACUGGGGACAGAACUAUUACCUAUAAUGCAUGUGCCAUUCAACUACUUUUUACAGAUCUCUUUGGUGUAACUGAAUUUUUUCUAUUGGCUAUCAUGUCGUAUGAUCGCUACAUGGCCAUCUGCAAACCCUUGCGUUAUAUGACAGUCAUGAGCAACAAAGUGUGCAGAAUAAUGGUUAUUUGUUGUUGGAUGGCAGCAUUUUUGAUUAUCCUCCCACCACUCAGCUUAGGUUUUUAUCUAGAAUUCUGUGACUCUAAUGUCAUUGAUCUUUUUGGCUGUGAUGCAUCUCCUAUCCUAAAAAUAUCAUGUUCAGACACAUGGUUAAUUGAGCAGAUGGUUAUAGCCUCUGCCGUGCUGACUUUCAUCAUCAUUCUUAUAUGUGUUGCUCUCUCUUACAUAUAUAUCAUAAGGACAAUUCUAAAGUUCCCUUCUGUUCAACAAAAGAAAAAAGCCUUUCCUACCUGUUCUUCACACAUGAUUGUGGUUUCCAUCACCUAUGGCAGCUGCAUCUUCAUCUAUGUCAAGCCAUCUGCAAAAGAAGAGGUAAACAUUAACGAAGGCGUGUCAGUGCUUAUUUCUUCCAUGUCACCUAUGUUGAAUCCUUUCAUAUAUACCCUGAGGAAUAAGCAAGUUAAACAAGCCUUCAAUGACUCACUCAGAAAAAUUGCAUUUCUCUUAAAGAAGUAA